UGUAUCGAGAUGUAAAUGCUCUUAAUAACGACCGCAGUACAGGAGACUUAUCUUUCUGUGCGCGGUGAGUGACUACAAUGAAAUUUGAAGUGAAGAUGAACUAAAAGUCCGAUUCUUCCUGCAGGUGUUGAACGCACCACCAACGCCGGUUAUAACUGACAGCGCAGUGAACCAAUCAGCGGCCGCAACUCUUCCGCGUCCGCCACUGAGCCGCGCGCAGGGGCGGGACCCGCGCCGGUCUAAAGGCUCCGGCUUGGUUUCACGGCGUCGUCGUCUACUCUCGUCCCAUUGGCGCAGGUGAUCCGUCUCAGGAUGCGAGAGGAGAGCGGAGGAGAGGGGAAGAGAGAGGGGAAAGCGCCGAUGGAAAAGUGUCCAGGGCUCGGCUAACGAGAGAACAGGAGACCGGGCCGCUUCAGCUUGUCCUCCGGCCACUUCGGCGAUGAGAGCUUCGCAGAAAGGGGCACUUUGAGAUAUGAUGAGGUUUAUUUCUGGCCGGCGAUAGUACUAUGAUUUGGUAUGUGGCCACUUUGAUAGCAAGUGUAUUCAGCACCCGAGGAACGGCCGCUCAAGGUGCCCACGGAGUGCGAGAGGAGCCCCAGUUUGUGACGGCACGUGCAGGAGAGAACGUCAUCCUGGGAUGCGACGUGUCCUUCCCCCUAAAUGGCCAGCCCUACGUGGUGGAGUGGUUCAAGUAUGGAAUGCCCAUCCCGUUCUUCAUCAACUUUCGUUUCUACCCUCCUCACGUGGACCCAGAGUAUGCUGGCCGCGCCAGUCUGCACGGCAAGUCCUCCCUGCGGAUAGAGAAUGUGCGUUCAGACGAUCAGGGCUGGUACGAGUGUAAGGUGCUGAUGCUGGAACAGCAGUACGACACCUUCCACAAUGGUAGCUGGGUGCAUCUGACCGUCAAUGCUCCCCCCACAUUCACAGACGUGCCACCUCAGUACGUAGAGGCCAAGGAGGCGGGGAGCAUCACUUUGACCUGCACGGCUUUUGGCAACCCCAAGCCCUCUGUCAGAUGGGUGCGGGACGGCACCGUCAUGGUCAGCAAUGCCAAGUACAAGGUGUCUGAUGGGAGUUUGACGGUGCUAUCCAUCACCCGGGAGGAUCGAGGGGCCUAUACAUGUCGAGCCUUCAGUCCCCAGGGCGAGGCCAUUCACACCACACGGCUGCUAGUACAAGGUCCUCCUUUCAUUGUAACACCACCAGUGAACAUCACAGUGAAUAUCUCGCAGGACGCCUUCUUCACCUGCCAGGCGGAGGCUUACCCUCGCAACCUGACCUACACAUGGUUCUGGGAGGAGGACAACGUCUUCUUCAAGAACGACCUAAAGCGCAGAGUCAGUAUUCUCAUCGACGGUUCCCUGAUCAUCGCCCAAAUCAAGCCAGAGGAUGCUGGGAAAUACACCUGUGCUCCGAGCAACAGCCUGGGUCAACCACCGACUGCCUCUGCCUACCUGACAGUGCAAUAUCCUGCCCGUGUGGUAAACAUGCCAUCCGUCAUCUAUGUGGCCAUCGGUUUGCCUGGCUUCAUCCGCUGUCCUGUAGAUGCCAACCCCGCGGUAACGCUGGUGAAGUGGAAGAAAGAUGGCCUCCCUCUCCGGAUAGAUAAGUACCCUGGUUGGAGCCAAACGGACGAUGGAAGCAUCCGUGUGACAGAGGUGACAGAAGACUCUCUCGGCACCUACUCCUGCAUGCCUUACAAUGCCCUGGGUUCCAUGGGAUGGUCCCCUCCUGCUCCCCUGGUGCUAAAGGACCCUCCCAAAUUCUCAGUGGUUCCUGGAGGGGAGUACAGGCAGGAGGUUGGGAGAGAACUAGUGAUCCCCUGUGCGGCGGAGGGAGACCCUUUUCCCAACAUCACGUGGCGGAAGGUCGGGAAGCCCAGCAAAAGCAAGCACAAUGUUCUGCCCCGUGGCAGCUUACAGUUCAAGUCACUCACAAAGGAGGACCACGGGGAGUGGGAGUGUGUCGCCACCAACGUUGCCACGAGCAUCACUGCCAGCACGCACGUCCAAGUCAUAGGCACAAGCCCCCACGCCCCCACCCAUGUACAUGUGGUGGCAUCCUCCACCUGGGCCAAUGUGUCCUGGGAGGCAGGCUAUGAUGGAGGCUUCCAACAGACAUUCUCAGUCUGGUAUGGCCAUGUGCUGAAGAGGGAACAGUUAGGUCCACACGACUGGUUGUCCAUACCUGUGCCUGGAGGCCAUGACUGGAUGCUGGUACCGGGUUUGGAGCCGGAGACGACGUACCAGUUCAGUGUCCUGGCCCAAAACAAACUUGGCACAGGCCCGUUCAGCGAGGUUGUCACUGUGAACACACUAGUAUUUCCUAUAAGUACCCCUGAACCAUUGGUGCUGCUUACCCCACCACGGUGCCUCACAGCCAAUCGCACGCAGCAGGGAGUCCUGCUCACCUGGAUCCCGCCUGCCAAUCACACAGCACCUAUCCAGCAUUAUGUCAUGGAGUUCCGUCUGGGGGAGAGAUGGGAGGUCCUGGACGACAGCAUUCCUGCCGGGGAGACAGAGCUGCUGGCCCGAGACCUCAUCCAGGAAGCGUGGUACGAGUUCCGUGUCAUGGCCGUCAUGGAUGACAUGAUCAGCGAGCCCAGUAACGUAGUGGGAGUGUCCAGCACAGACUUCUUCCCGCCAGAGUUGGUGGAGGAGCGUGGACUGGCGCGGCCCGUGGUGGCGGGCAUCGUGGCCACCAUCUGUUUUUUAGCGGCGGCGGUGCUGUUCAGUACGAUGGCCGCCUGCUUCGUGAACAAACAGCGCCGGCGAAAGCUCAAGAGGAAAAGAGACCCGCCUCUCUCAAUAACCCAUUGCAGAAAAAGCGUGGAAACUCCGAGUCCACUUAGCUUCAUUCCCAGCAUUGGGCCCUACUGGGAGGGGCUGGAUGCAAGCAGGUACAGGCUGCAACCCUCCAGUCCUCAGUCUUCUUCUGGAAAGGUGAGCCCAGAGAGCAUUCGUUCCAAGGCAUCCCUGUCCGAAACAUCAGAGGACAGUCAUGACCAGCGUGGGAAGAAACCACCCCCAAGUCCAGGGAAGAGGGAAGAAUUGUCUUUGUACAAGAAGACAAAAAGAGCAAUAACAAGCAAGAAGUAUGGCAUGAAGCAUGAGGCUGAACCAACGACACCCAUUGAACUCAUUAGCCGAGGCCCAGACGGACGCUUUGUCAUUGAUCCCGCUGAUGUCGAAAUGUCUGUUAGGUCACGGCGAAUUGAAGGCUUCCCCUUUGUGGAGGAAUCAGACCUCUAUCCUGAAUUCCGGCAGUCAGAUGAAGAGAAUGAUGAUCCCAGGCCUCUGCCACCAGUUAUGGCCCCCCUUCGGCCACACCAGAUUUCCCCUAUCUCCAGUCAGGAAUCAUAUCUGCAACCUCCAGCCUACAGCCCUCGUUUCCACAGGCCAUUUGAAGGUAUGACCAUCAUGGAGAGCAGUCGGCUCCAGGCCACAGGGCAGAUCCGAGGCUCUCUCCACCACAGGGCUUUCUAUGGCUACCUAGGCCACCCGGGGGAUCAUGAUCCCCCGCCUCCGUUUUACAUGCCUGAUACCAGCCCACUCAGCUCUGUUAUGUCCUCCCCUCCAUACCUUGCCGAAGGUCCUUUUGGUCACCCUAUGAUUCCUGAAGAAAUAGGGGAGGGUGAUUUCCCACACUAUGCUGUCUCUGGUUUUCCACUUCCUCUGACACUCGCCUCUUCCUCUCGUUCACCGGAAAUUUGGCAAGGGGUGGAUUUCACCUUCACAAGUCUGGAGGGACCCCAAUUCAUUUUCCCCCCCCAUCACCCUUUGCAGCUACGCCAUGAUUCCCCCUACCCUCCUCCACCUCAUGUUCUUCCCCUUAGUGCUUUCCAGCCCUCCUCCCUUCCAAUGCCUACUUACCCAACUGUCCUGCCACUGGAGGCUCCAAAGAGCCACUCACGCAAAUCUCCCAGCAAGGCCAAGCCUCAUGGCUCCCCAGCCAAGCAUUUAGCUAUGCAAGAGGCACAUUUAGGGCAGCUAAGACACACAAGUCACAGUAUGGGUGUGCCGGUUUUGCCUUACACCGAUCCAAUGGCCCAUAUUGUCCCUAGCACAUUCAGUAGCCUGGACACACGAUGGUUUGAAACCGCCCCUCGUUUCAGUCCCAGACAGGCUCGUAGGAUGGAUCCUGGCAUGCAUCAGGUGGUUCUUCAGCCCUCUCGACUUUCACCUCUCACACAAAGCCCCUUUAGUUCUCAUGAGGGCUCCCCAGAGAUUGUAGUGCGUCCCAGGCCACGUCCCAGCAUUGUCCAACCUCCCAUACCCCCAGAGAUGUCUGAGAUUACCCUCCUCCCUCCUUCCACAGCCAGCUUCUCCAGGAGAUCCUCCCCUUCCUCCUCACCUGCCCAAGGCCAGGGUAGCAGGAGAGCAAGUCCCAGCUACCGUUCCCACAUGGCCUUUGCCUCCUCUGCAACCAGCUACCCAGCUUCCCAGUCCCCAUCACCCCCCAUGGAAAGCAGCAACAUAUUUGGGCAGAUGCCAUCUCAAAGGAGGACUGAAGAGGGGAUCCUUCCGUCUGAGCCCUCUCCACCCCACUUGUCAGCUUCAGGAAAACGUCGAGGUGCGCUGAGUGCCCUUUCGGGGUCUGAGAGGAUCGAUGCACUGAGGUACCAACGUAUUAGAAAGACCAAGAAGAUGACAAUUAACAACAAUAACUCCAAGUCCAGAAAGAAAGCAGGUGUCUCCACCUCUCAGACCCAGCAGGCAUACACCUCUCAGGUACUCCAGCCCGAAGAAGCGCUCUACCUCCGCAAGAAGAGGAAACGGCCCAUCCUCCAUGAUCCAUACACUCGCUUUUCUGCUCUGUUGUACCGUCGCCCACCUCGGGAGGACCAGAAGGCUAUUCUGGCAAGCAUGGACAGCAUAGACCUUGACCAUGCCACUCUUCUCUGAACGUCCUUGAGGACAAAGUCACAACCUCGCAAUAUUGCCCCCAUUUCAAAAGUAGCUCUAGUGAACGAUACCAACGAUACCAUUUGGGAAGAUAAAAACAAAAGAAACAAGAAUAUCAGACAUUGUGUGUCCUCUUUGAAGGGGGAAUAUCACUCAAUUUCAGCAUUCAGUAUAUUCUGACUUUGCCCUUGGUCAAUUCAGUCUGUAGUUAGUAGGCGGUUCACUGAGUAAGCUGGGAUGUAAUCCAACUGUAUUUGGAGUGCAGAUAAAAGCUGAAGUACGCAGAAUCACGAGAAUCUUGGGGUCAUCAAAUGAAAACGUUCCGGGAUGGAGUCUCUCUGUUCUUAGCCCCUCCCAUAGAACGGCCAUGGUUCAUGCUUGAUAGAUCUCUGAAAACCCAUAUUGACAUUUUUAUUGUGUUUAUUGUCUCUCUAAUGUUUAUGGGAUUGCUUUGCAGCCUAGGCAGUGGCAGCAAAUGCUGAAACAGCCACCAUUAGAUCACUUGAUUGACAGAAUGCCGACACAUAUCCUGCCUACCCCAGCUUUAAUGAUGGAUUAUCACAGAUUAAAGUUCUGAUUCUGAGGCUCUCUCUCUGAAGGGUGGAGAUUAUUUUCACUCUCUUGAAUGCCCAAAGGCACACAACUGUUCUGUGCUGUGUGCUCAAAUUGAGUCUUAUUUCCCCUUUAGAUAAAAAAGGACUACUAACACUUCACAUCAAAAAUAAUAGCUGACACAAUUUUCAAAGUUUUACUCCAGUGCAAAGGAAUAAUUCAAAAAAAGAGUCCAUACUCGAUCACCAACUCUAUUUUUUAUUUAAACCUCAAGUGUUAACUGUUUUUAAAUUGAAUAUCAUUUCUCCAGACUCGGGUCAUCCUCAUUACAUGCGCUGAGCCCAAUCCCUGACAAGGUCUCCGUUUACAGCACCUUCCACCAGGAUCCCCAACCCCUUUCCCCCCUCCGCCUCCACCUCCGCCAGCAACAUUUCUUAUCUCCCCGAGAAACUCGCCUCACACAAGUAUGGGUGUUCUCACUUCCUACCAAGUAUACCUCAGAGCACAGGACACGAGACCACACAACCACCAGGAUCAGCCAGCAGAACAAACUAUAGCUUCUUUCAUCUCUAUAUAGUCCUUAGGGUUCUAUAUUUGCUUCUUUUUUCUUUUUUUUUUCACUUUAUAUAUGCUUCUACUAAUUUGUUAGACGUGCCCACACUUAGAUUAUUUAUCUUAUAUUUUUUUGCCACAAAAGUGAAGAAAACCACCUCAUGUUUUCUCGGCUUCACUUUUUGAACACUCGUUAUUGAAUAGAUGUCAUUCGCAUAUCGGGGGUUCCAUUUGCAUUCCACAAAACAGUGUAAAGUGCUAUUUAUUUUUUUAAAGUUUCAGUUACAUUAUAAGGCUAAGGGACACGGAGAACCCCAUCGUAUCAAUGUAACAUUAGUUUAAUAGCUUCAUUUGCACUUAAGCUGUGUCUUUAGCUUCUUCUGUGUUAGAGCAGUUUGCACUGGAGCAAAAUCUUGUCCAUUUUAAUAGAUUGCGUUUGUUCCUUUACACCUCCUCCUGUAGUCUGUAGGUCAUUAGAGGGCUCCGAAUCCUAUUCACAACUAUAUUCAUGCCAAAAACAAUCCAGUGAAAGAAAAGAAAAAAACCUAACAAAAAAAACAACAACGUACUUAUUGGAGGAUAGGAUUUUGUGCCAUAGUAUAUAAUAGUAUUUUUGAACAUAUUAGAGAGUAUAAAAAAAAGAAAAAAACAAUGGUUUGGCCUUAAUGGAGCUUCUGGUUGUUUGCCUGCUUCACUUGUGUCUAAUUUUUAAUUUCAUUUACACUUUUUUUGUUUGUGUGUUUGUGCACAAUUUGCCAUUUUCUACUCAUAGCCUUUGUUUCAUUCAAAAUAGAAAUGCUGAGAGUACAUUAUGUGGCACUGAAGGCGCGGCCCAAAGGUUUUGUUGCGUAUUUGUUUCGCUUUAUAUGGAGAGUUUUCCCGUGGAUGCUUAUGAUCUAAAAAUAACUCAUUUUUAUUUGUCAUGGAAGUGCCAUACCAUCAGAAACCCGACUAAGUCACACAUUACACGUGCUGUGAAUGGGAGCAUGUUUUUUUAAACACCUCAAGCUUUUCGCUGUUGGCUGUUUUUUUCCCUAAUUCUGUUACAAAAGUUCUCAAAUUCAUUUAUAGAUGUUAAGUUACCCAAUACCACAAAAAAAGCAGCGUCAGUCGUACUCUGCUGAAGUGUGUUAGAGUUGUAUUGCACCCGAUGAUGUACAGAUUCUAUGUAUUUAUGGAUUUCUUUUUGUGUACUUAUUUGAUUUUAUCCGUGAUUUUGACAGAGCUGCAACUCCAACGUAGUCUUUGUGAAACUGGAAUUUGCAAGAGACUAAAUGUGGCUGCUUAAAGCCGCAGUAGGCAGGAUCUCAAGAAAAAAAAAAAUUGGAUUGUUGAGUCUCAUCCCCAGCUUGUCAACAUUUUGGGAUAUGUUUCUCUGUUGUGAGCAUGGAAAGGCAAACGUUCUGCUAAGGCUGAGAAAAUGAAUUGCUUUUAUUGUCUGACUUUUAGGUUGCUUUGCAGUGUAGGCAGUAUUUACCAGUGCUUGAAUUGCGACCGAGGGGCAUGUGCCGCACAUAGCUGCACAAACUUAGUUAAAGUUAAAAGAGAGCCUUGAGAAGGUGCAGAGUUCUCUCCCGGAUCACUAAAAUUUACACUGAAAGUAUUUCAUGGAAUUGUUGAAUCGAUAACGACAGACACAUCCUGCCUACACUUUGCUUUAAUACUUUCACCUGACCUCGCUACUCCAUAUUUUUAAAUUAGUUUGAAAGUGAAGAGAUGUACUUUUUUAUUUAUAGAUAUAUAAAAAUCUAAAUCUAAAGAGAAUCAUAAAUCCUUGAGAGAAAUUUACUAUAUACACUAUACUAAGAUACUAUAUAUAAAUGUACCAAUAUACUAUAAAGUAUUUGGAAAGAGUGAUGUGGCUUGCAGGCGUUUCCAGUGACACUAAUGCAUUACACAGGUGCAUCAGUGUCAAAACAAACAACCAGUUUAGUAAAGACACUAGUGCCUUUAUUUACGAUGUGGCAGUGAGGUCAGAGCAAGUUGCGUCAGUGUCAUUCUAAUGCGCUUAAUGUGAUUAUAAACCUUUGAAAUACAAUUUAUUUAUU